AUGCACUACCAUCGCUUCUGCUUGCUCAAGAAUUUACCGCAAGAAUUUCCUUCUCCUGAAAUCAUAGGUAUUAUACCGAAUGGUGGAUACAGACGAGCAAAUAAACAGUCUGCAAAAGCCAUUAAAUGGCUAUUAUGGGUAGAACGAGAAAUUGGGGUGGAAAUCCAACACGCGGCAAGAUCUCGUGAAUUCCGUCUACCAGAGGGAACGCCAGUUGACGGUUACUAUAUAGAUGGUGAUGAAAAGCGCCAUGUUUUACAGUUUAAUGGCUGCUUUUGGCAUGGGUGUGUGGAUUGUUAUAAGUUAAAUCGCGAUGAGAAAUUAAAAUCCAGGGAUACAAUUGAUAUGCUUUAUGAGAACACUCGCGCCACGAGUGAAAAAAUUCGAAAAGCCUGUUACGUACUAACCGAAAUAUGGGAGUGUAAAUAUGAUAAAUUUUUUAAAAAUUCCCCCGGUAUGAACAAGUAUUUUGAAAAUCAUCCCUUACUCCACCAGGAUGCGUUAAAUCCUCGUGAAGCGUUUUUCGGAGGACGUAAAGGAAAUACAGUGUAUUAUUAUAAAAUUAAAAAUUAUGAAAAAAUCCGAUACAUCGAUGUUGGCUCUUUAUAUCCAUUUAUUUCGAAAAUGGAGAAAUUUCCUAUAGGUCAGCCGAAAAUUUAUGUUAGCGAUGAGGAGUGUAAAGAACUAGCUGAUCCGAAUUACAUGAAUUUGCAUCAGAUUGACGGAUUAUUUAAAUGCCGUGUGCUUCCUCCAAGGCAUUUAUUUCAUCCCGUGCUACCUGUGCAAAUGCAUGGGAAACUCAUGUUCCCACUUUGUCACGCGUGUUGUGCGUCUAUGAGCCAAACUGAAUGCUCUCAUGACGAUACGAUGGGUGAGCUGGAGGGAACCUGGGUUUUGAAUGAGUUGAAAGAAGCCAUGGCGUUAAAUUAUCGAGAGGCUAGUGGCUGGCCGAGCGAGUGCGUUGACGCAGAGGCAAAACAAGAUUAUCUUCGUGAGCAUGAUGAAAUUGAGGGGAUAGACUUAGAUCCUGAACAGAUAUCAAAAAACCCUGGUUUACGUUCCGUUGCGAAACUUUGUCUUAACUCUUUUUGGGGUAAAUUCGGACAAAGAGAGAAUUUACCGCAAACGGAGGUUCUUGAGGAACGUAAACGGUUGAUGGAGUUGUUUACUAGUCCAGAAGAGGAAGCUAGUGUAGCGUCACCCUACACAAACCUAGUAAUAGCCGCUUACACCACUGCUCAAGCUAGGCUAAAGCUUUUUGAGUGCCUCUAUCAACUAGAUCGACGUGUGUUGUACUACGAUACAGACUCAUGCAUUUACAUAUGUCAUAAAAAUUUAUCAGAGUACAAUCCCCCGAUGGGUCGAUUACUGGGGCAGAUGACGGAUGAGUUGAAAGUUUACGUUAACUGGAAUGUGUAUGGGCAACCUAUUUGCCACGUAGCUGUUCGGCCUGUCGCCAGUAUACGUCCUUCAGCCCGAGUUACAUGCAUUCCACCAUGUCCUGCGGCAAUACUAAUUGCACAGGCUCUGAUGCCACGGCCACCGGCACCUGAAAUUCAGCCAACAUAG